AUGGCGGCGGCAAGCACACCAGGCGAGCUGCACUGCAAAUCUGAAACGGAGAUCCACAACGAAGAUGUGAGGAGCAUAGAAGCUGCUUUUGCCCGAUUCUGGCACAAGCUAAAUAAAAAGCUGCAAACCCCUCAAGCGACCCUGCAACCCCUAACAGGUACGAGUAAACACGACUGUGCCCACGGGGAAAAGAGAAAAGUACCGCCACACAAGCAGACAGUACACAAGAAUGGAGUUGGGAACAAGGGGAAGAGGCGCCCCACUCCAGGCGCAGCGACUGA